UGAAUUCUAUUGAUUCACUCAUUAUUUCAAUUGUGUUUAUAUUUGGAUUCAAAGUGAAAUUGUUUUAAACAAAAUCAAUAAUGAGUAAAAAGUUAUCGUUGUGUCGGUGCUGGCGAUCAGAGACGUUCCCCCUGUGCGACGGCUCACACAAAGCCUACAAUGAGGAGUACAACGACAACGUCGGACCCGUUAAUAUCGAAUGGGACGACGACUCGGAGGAAUACAACGAAUCGAAAACAUUAGCCGAACCCGACAUACAGUCUAUGAACGCGUCCACAGAAUUGAGUUCACUAGAGAUGAUUGACAGUAACGGUAGCGGUGAUAAUGGCAGCCAUACUAGUAGUCAUAGUAAUGAUGACAGUAAUUUAUUUUGAAAUGAGAUACACAUUCAUUUGAAUUGGCAUU